AAUUUGUCAUAUUUAUUUAUCGAUGCUUAAAUUAAUUAGCAUAUACAGCAAUUUACAUGGAAGCAAUUCAAUGAGGGCAGAUAUGCGAUACAGUGCUAACAUCAAAGAUGCUGUUGAGUAUGAUUUUCUGAUUUUUGAAUCCCGUGGUUUGUUCAAGAUGUCACUUAAGCUGCAGUUCAUGAUUAACCGCUUUAUCUUAAACAAAAUUAACAACUCGGUGGUAUAUGGUGUAGUGGGUCCUGAUCAUGAUCGUCAAUAUGACAUAUACCAGAUGGACUUGGUUUCUCCUAAGACUUAUCUCAUGAUAAAAAUUCGCUCUUUCUUUGUUCCUAGAAUGGUAUGCGACUUUAACGUUGCGGGAAAUACAAUUCCGGCACUAGUACAACUUAAGACAUUGGUUACGGUACAAGUGGACGUAGCCAGGCAGAAUUGGGACUCUCAAGAAAAGCUUCACUGGAUAGAAUAUCCUGAAAUAACACCUUACGAAACCUAAAACAAUAGCAGUAGUUACUUCUUUAUCCAAAUAAAUCUUGGUAUUUCCCAUUGCUGAUUAAAAUCUCAGUUGGUUUCACUGUAGCUCUAAAAUUGUUGGUGACUUUUGGGCCGCCCAAAGCCAGCCAGAGCCAUCGAUAGUAACUCACUUGUGGUCAACUUGUGUUUUUUUUUGGGCUGGCCUCGGACCAAAGUCUUACUUAAAUCCAAAAGAGACUUGAUGAAAUAAAAAUCCUUAUAUUGGGACAAUGUUCUAUUUUCCACUAGAGCACAAAGGGCUCCAUUUAGGUAGCGGGACUCUUUUUUUAAAAAAAACGUGUUGUCGCAUAUGCCACCAAGGCUUCAUUUCCAGAAGCCAUGACAUGUCAAUUUUCUAUUUACAAGAAAUAAAGG